CUCUAAUUCCCCUGACCAAGGUUUUGGAAUAAACAAAAUAGAUCGUGGUUCCCAUUGCAGAAGUAUCAAUAACCAUGUGGAUUUUUGAAGUGCAUACUUUACCGAAUCCCAUCCUCGUAUAGAGUUAUAGCUUCCAUGAUCCAAACAAAACACUGUGUGAAAUUUGAUGCAGAAGCGACUAGAGAAUAAGCUUGUGAAGAAGCCAUAAACUCUAGAUGAAACACGAUAUUCUUCAGCAUGUUUGCAUAGUCUUGUUUUCAUUGAGCCAUUAACGCAGAAAGUGCCACUAAUCUCUCUCUUAGCUUCUUUAAGUACGGUACUCAGUUGGGAAUUUCAAGCAUACACAGUGCAUGAAAAACAGAAGUCAGAAAUGAUAGCGAUCAAAGAGUUAAUAACUUUACUGAUGCUUAGCUUCAUGGUUAAGCUGACUGGUAGCGAUGGGGCCCUCUCUUUGAAGCUCAUUCAUUUCGAUAAUCCAAUGUCAAAGCUAGAUGAUGGAACUUGCUGUGAUAAAGAAGUAGCCGCUUCAAGUGUGUGUAGCCCAUGUCAGUGUAGCUUCUUGAUAUGCUUGUCACCACAAGGACAGCAGAACUGUUCAAUCAAAAGGAUAUCGACAGAGACAGUAGCAGAAACGGAAUACUAUGUUUUCAAAAGCAGCUUAAGGAUUUCUCCAUCACAAGUAGCGAGAAACCCAUUGGUAAUUCCUAUAAAACAUUGGACGGGGAACCUUUCAAUCAGGGUUGAUGUUUUUGACAGAGAUUUGGAAAAUGGAAGCUCAGGACGACCUAACUUUGAUCUUGUCACCAAGAUGCAGAAAAACCUAUCCAUGAAAGCAACUGAAUAUGGACGAAGCGCUGACAUCAAAACACUGUUGCUGCUAGGAAAGCAGAGAGCACCAGGUGUUUUUCCGAUGGUAACACUUCAGAUGAGCAUACAGUGUAACAAAAAUUAUUUUGUUCCAACAUGUUCUGAAUAUUGCACAGACACGAACAACGCAACAGGGCACUACAAAUGUGACUACACUAGAGGUACAAGGCAGUGCUUUAAAGACUGGUAUGGGCUAAAAUGCCAAACUCAGUGCAUUGCAAGGAAUGACAGUAGUGGACAUUUCAAAUGCCAUUCAAAGACUGGAGCGAAAAUCUGUCUGGCUGGAUGGUUUGAUCCGACGAAGAGUUGUACUCAAAGAGAAAAACCACAAUUAGCAUUAUCAUACUCGACAAGCCAAAUUAUUCAACUCGAAACAUCAACGUCAAUUCUUGAAAGGAAUAUGAGCAAUGGAACAUCUGUCUUGUCGAUCCCUCAUUCGUUCCAUACUCAGAGAUCAUCCAGCAUGGCAAGUUUGGAAGCAAUACAACAGACGACUGGUGGCACACAAGCUCUUAAAGCUAGCAGUAAAACAUCUAUUUUGCUAACGCAGCGGCAGAAAUGGAAUUCAGCCAGUGUUACCAAACAACCUGGAACUAUUUCACGAAUGGCAGCAGUAAUAACUAUCACAUUAUCCCAGUCAUACAAAAUUAAGACAAGGAAAACGAAAACUCUUCAACUUCAAACGUCUGCUGGACUCACAACUCUUGCAUCGGUUGUGUCAAAAAUCAAAACAACACCUGAAGACUUAGCGAGUAAAUUCUAUCUAAAUCAAACACAUACAUUCAUAAAACAAACUUACAGAGCUCCAUUGAGUAAAUUUGCAAGCAAAUACAAGUCAGAAUCAUCUGCACUAGCCUGCAAUACAACAUUACCAACAAAGCCUCAUUUAGGUGUUGAAGGAAGAAUAUGGGUUCAGUAUCGUCUAUAUUUUGCCUCAGCAAUCGGAUUCUUUGUCUUCGUGGUAGCCGGCUUUUGUAUCAUGCGGAGAAAAAAGAGACAAAGCAGGGUGCACAAUGUUAAGGAAAUUGCUCGAAUCAAAAGGAGAAAUACACACUCAACAAGUCAGCAUUCUACUUGUGAAAUGUAUGGAAAGAGAACCCGUAGCAUCCGGUCCAGUGCUGAUGAGACAGGUUUCCCAGCCACUUCUGCGUUUCAGAAGGAUCAAUCAGAAAUCAUUUGGCGAGAGCGGCUUUUACAUACUCCACAAGGGAAAAACCAGGGAAUUGACAGUCAGCAUCUACCUCCAACACCAGUAUCAUAUGAACGAGUUUGCCUCACACCACUGCAAAGUCGAAAUGGCUCUUUUCUUGGUGCAAAGAAAGAUGCAAGUUGUGUGUAUUCGGGCAGUGCGUCUGAUCACAUCAUAGUUGGUCCACCAGGAACUCCUUUUGAAUCAAGAGCGCCAUCUGCUUGUAGAGAAGAGGCCCGAAAUUUGUGGACCUACAGCGGAGUAACAUCUCAAAACCGGAAUUUCUUGACAGUGGAAACAGCUUUUUUAGUCCACUCUUCAGUGAAUUUGCCUCGGACACCCACUACAAUAAAUUAUACUUGAAACAAUGCAAAUUUUUAGUUACUACAAUAACAUUGAAAGUAUUUUUAGCGUAAGUGAUAGGAAUACAUUUGCAAACAACUGAUGCUCAUAGGUUGCUUGUCAGAAAAUAUUUUAAAUAAUUACUUAAGAAGUGCCAAGCCAGAAAGGUUAUUUGAAAUUUAAGAAGUGCCAAGUUAAAAGAUCUUGCGCAACCGGUGUUUAGAAAUCGAUAGUGCUUUGUAUCUUGAUGAAGUACGAUAUUAGGCCUGUUUUGAAAAUAUAGUCGCAAAGCAUGCCGGUUGCGCAAGAGCUUUUAAGAUAGAUUUGCUGCCAACAAGAGGCUUGAAGCUAUUCUCGGAGAGGGAAUCAAGUCCCCUGUCUCCGUUCCACAAGGUUGUAUUUUGUUAGUAUUUUUCAAUUGAAUCUACUUUUUGCAAAAAUGAAGGUUUGUGUAGACAAAAAAUUUGUUGUUCACUUGUUUUCUUGUAAAUGGUCAGUGGCCAUCACUUAGUCAAUUCAAGUAGCCAGACAAUCCCGCCAUUUGUUAUCGCAGCAUUUUCGAUCUGCACCAAAACAAAAAAACAAUUCACAUUUUUAAAUUGUACGAAACUCUAUACUUGAAGAAGUGUUAGACAAAAAGCCUUUCCUUUUCGUGUAAUAACUUGAAUAGCGAUACUUUACCUCACGCUUGAAAUACCAAAUCAAUACUUCGAAAAGCAAAAAGCUUUCAUAAGUACUUGUUUGCUUAAUUAAGUUGAAAAUUUGCCUAAUGGAGGAAAAGCUACAAAUGUUGCAGCUGCCAAGGCCUGUUUUUUGCAAGCAAUUUAUGUUUGCACGAAAUUACUACAAAUAAGUACAAUUAAAGUAUUGAUUUUCCACGAGUAAAAAACAUGGCAGUACAAGCUGCGAGCAAAAAGGAGCUGUCUGCUGCAAUUAAACUAUUAUUAUAGAUGAAUUACUGGACUAUUGCUUGCCACUGAAAAUUAUCACGAAAAUUCUAAAUGAAAAAAACAUCACUGGUUUCAAAAUAAACCUGAUUAGUUUACAUGAAAAGCAAAGUGCAAUGAAGUUAAGCAAAGGGCAAU